AGACUGUGAGGGACGGAGCCGUCCUUCCAACAGAUAAGAGGUUUCCCUGUACUGAGUGCGGGAAGUGUUUCAGUUCCAAAAGUAGUCUUAAUGAGCAUAAGAAAAAUCACACAGGAGUGAAGCCGUAUUCCUGUCCUGAGUGUGGGAAACGUUUUUCAAAACAGUCUGAACUCACCGUACAUCAAAGAUUGCACACGGGAGAGAAACCGUAUUCCUGUUCUGAGUGCGGGAAAUGUUUUUCACAUAGGUCCACUCUUUACAGACAUAUGAGAGCUCACACGGGGGAGAAGCCAUAUCCCUGUCCUGUGUGCAAAAAACGUUUCAUAAGAAAGUGCGAUCUUUCCAUACAUCAGAGAUUGCACACGGGGGAGAAGCCGUAUUCCUGUCCUGAGUGCGGGAAAAGUUUUUCGCAGACGGCCAUGCUUUAUAGACAUCAGAGAUCGCACACAGGUGAAAAGCCGUAUUCCUGUACUGAGUGCAAAAAACAUUUCAUAAGGAAGUCCGAUCUUUCCAUACAUCAGAGAUCGCACACGGGGGAGAAGCCAUAUUCCUGUUUUGAAUGCGGGAAAUGUUUUUCGCGGAGGGACAUUCUUUAUAGACAUCAGAGAUUGCACACGGGUGAGAAGCCGUAUUCAUGUCCUGAGUGCGGGAAAUGUUUUUCGCAGAAGGCCAUUCUUGAUUCACAUCUGCGAUCCCACACAGGGGAGAAACCGUAUUCCUGUCCUGAGUGUGGGAAAUGUUUUUCGCGGACGGCCAAUCUUUAUAUACAUCAGAGAUCUCACACGGGGAAGAACCUGUAUUCAUGCCCUGAAUGUGGGAAAAGUUUUGUAUAUAAAAAAGGCCUUGUCUUACAUCAGAGAUCUCACAUGGGGGAAAAGACAUAUUUCUGUCCUGAGUGCGGGAAAUGUUUUUCAAAGAUGGCCAAUCUUUAUACACAUCAGAUAUCCCACACGGGGGAAAAGCCUUAUUCCUGUCCUGAAUGUGGGAAAAGUUUUGUAUAUAAAUAAAGCCUUUCCACACAUCAGAGAUCUCACACGAGGGAGAAGCCACUUUCCUGUCCUGAGUAUGAGAAUAGUCAGUCACAGAAGUCCUCUGUUUACAGUCAUCUGAGAUUGGACACAGAGGAGAAUGAACUUUCCUGGU